CUCGUCUGUAAAACUAUUUAGUUUGUAUUGUAUUUAUAAAUCGGUCUAAUCAACCAAGAUGGCUAUCCCUCAACGACAGGCCCCUCCAAUCGAAGAGUUGCGCCAAUUCUACGUCGGCAAAAGCAUACACGAUGUUCCGAAGCCCGCUGUCAUUUUAGACAAAACUAGGGUGACUCGUCAUUGUCAGUCCAUGCUUAAAGCUGUUGAUACUCUUGGUCUUGGUUUCCGAGCGCAUGUCAAGACUCAUAAGACCAUAGAAGCAACACGUCUACAGAUCGGUCAGGGAAGCGGUGACGUCAAGCUUAUUGUAUCAACUCUAGCUGAGAUUGAACAUCUCCUACCUCUCUUGAAGGAGUACAAAGAUGCAGGUCGUCGCCUUGAUAUCCUCUACGGCCUUCCUCUACCCCGCUCGCAGAUCUCAAGGUUGGCAUCACUUGGCUCGGAGUUAGGACAAGGAAGUAUCUCUGUCCUCAUAGAUCACCCGACGCAGCUUGGCUCUGUGAAGGCGUUCUCGCAGCAUUCCAAGUUCCCCGCCAGGGUGUUUUUGAAGGUCGACACGGGAUAUCAUCGUGCAGGACUGCCGCCAACUGCGAUGAACAAGAACGGCCUGAUCGAGGCACUCGCAGAGCUUGAAGCCCACGGAGAGGCGGAGUUGCUCGGAUUGUACUCUCAUAGUAGUCUUAGUUACAAAGACAGCACGCCAGAGCAAGCUAUGGCGAAUCUCGAGGGAGAGAUUCGGGGCUGUCUUGAUGCAGUCAACGCCAACGCCCAUCUCUUUGCGAAGGACAAAGAGCUAGUCAUCAGUGUUGGUGCUUCUCCACAGGUCACAGCAGUCGAGAAUUUAGUAACAGCACAAGGCGAUCUGUCGCCAGCAGCCGAGUCUCUACGCAAGUCCAUCCAAGCUGUCACAACAGGCAAACCAGGCGGACUCCAAACCAAGCUUGAGCUUCACGCUGGCGUAUACUCGAUUCUGGAUAUGCAACAAGUCUCAACUAACUCGAGGCGAGAGCUGGGAUCCUUCGAGGAUGAGAUUGCUAUUUCAAUCAUAGCCGAAGUUUGUAGUCUCUAUAAUGACAAAGAGAGAUCGCAGCCUGAAGCAUUGGUUGCUGUUGGCUGUCUUGGGCUUGGCCGGGAGCCUUGUGCUGCUUAUCCAGGCUGGGGUGUCAUAAGCCAAUCGUCUUACAAGGCAGAAUCCUACAGGGGAAGGCGGUUGAUCAUUGAUAGAAUCAGCCAGGAACAUUCGAUUGCGGCCUGGGAACAUGCUAAGGGCGAGGAUGCUUCUACUCUACCGCCGGUUCCGUUGGAGGUUGGACAGGAUGUCGUCAUAUUCCCGAACCAUGCUUGCGUUGCGGGGGCAUUAUAUGGAUGGUAUCUUGUGGUUGACUCUUCGGAAGGAGAUGCAACUAAGAUUGUUGACGUAUGGGUUAGAGCAAGUGGGUGGUAGAGACGAAUAGAUAUCAAUACG